CUGCCCUAAUCUUUCACACGCACACAAGUUGUCGCAGAGUCCUCUCUCUCCGAAUCCAAGGUUCUUAUGACUCUUGUUCUCUGUUGGCCUACUCACACAACCCUGAUUUACCUGCUGUCGGCUAAGGUCGACUAAGCAUUUGCGCCACGCAAGAUUCAUUAUUUGCUGGCGCAACUUACGUCGGGUCCUAAAUUCAACCUCGACACUCUCCCACUUCGAAGUUCAACUCGGAUAUCGUAUCCCGGGUUUUCUUUUCGGCCAACCACCUCCGUCUUAACCGCUCAGUUCAGAGAAACGAACCAUGGAGUACGUCAAUCGCAGCGUAACCAACCUCCGCGCCUCUUUCGAGGACCUCACCCCGCAAAAAAUCAUUCGCCUUGUCGUCAUCGUCGGCGCCUACGCCCUCUUGCGCCCUUACCUCAUGAAACUCGGUGGAAAAUUCCAGAUGCGCGGCCACGAGGCGCAAGAAGAACCAGAAGAUACCGCCGCCCCUCGAGCGAAGCUGACACCCAACGACAUCCGCGGUCAGGCCGGCAUUCCCGAGGAUUCUGAUGACGGAGAAGAAGAAGAAGAGGGAGCCGAAGGCCCCGCGAUAGCCACUGACUGGGGGAAGAAGGCUAGGCGGCGGCAGCGCCACGUGCUGAAGGAGCUACUGGAUGCCGAGGAGCGGAGGUUAGCUGAGUUGCAGGAGGACGAGGAGGAUAAGGAUAUUGAGGAGUUUUUGGAAAAGGAGUAAUUCGCAACGCGCUUUAUUGUGUUGCUGGAGGCUGCAAGUCUGGUGUUGGUCGGAGGGUUGGUGUGUGCAAGUUCGUUCGACUACUAUGACCGUAUGACGCCUCUAUCUGGUCAAUGUCGAAAUUCAGCCAUGCCGUGUCCCUUUGAGACGUGUAAGACCACAACUGUUCCGGAUAGGGAUAUCCAUAGCGAAUUUGAUGAAUAAACUAAAGUCAUAAGGGGGGA